CUCGAGUAUAUGUUGUGUUGCUUUAAAUAUGCAGGGGGUUUGUAACUCACUCUUUUUUGCAUCAAGCUAUCAAACGCUCACCUUUGUUUUGAACCCAUCUUCGCAAUGCUCUACACGAAAACCAUCAACGGACAGCAAUUGUCGUUUAUCGACUAUGGCAUUCCUAGCGAGCGACCAGCCAUUGUCGUCUUCUCGGGCUGGUGCCAGGACCAUCGAGGCUGGGAAGAGCUUCUCCCGUAUCUGAUUUACGAGUAUCGGGUGGUUUGUUUGAAUUGGAGAGGGCAUGGGCCCAACCGAGAUCGUGUGGAAGACUUCGGUGUGGAGGAACAAGUAAAGGAUUAUUUGGCUCUGCUUGAAGAACUCGAAGUGGGAAAGUUCGUUGCUAUCUCUCAUUCCCACGGGGGCUGGGCUGCGAUGCAAGUUGCCCAGACGUUGGGCAAAGAACGAGUCCCAGCGGUACUGCUUCUCGAUCUUAUUAUGACAGAAGCUCCUCCGGAGUUUGUCGACACAUUAAAAGCCAUUCAAAAUAAGGAAACAUGGCGAGCGGCGCUGUUCGGUCUCAUUGCUGCUUGGGAAGCAAACACCUCAAAUCAUAAAUGGCGCGAAUCAAGAAUCAAGAAUGCCGGCGGACAUGGAUUCGAUAUGUGGGCUCGAGGUUGCCGAGAGGUCGAGAGAGCAUAUGCGACUUGGGGCAGUCCGAUGAAGCGCAUGGAAGCGAUGCCGGACCCUCCACUUCUUCGACAUGUGUUCAGCCACCCUAAACAACCUGGUUAUGUGGAAUUACAUGAACAAUUUCAGGGAAAGCAUGCCGAAUGGUUCUCGUUUGUCAAACUCAGUGGCGAAACCCAUUUUCCUGCCAUUGAAUUGCCGGAAUCAGUGAGCAUGACACUGAAGGAUCUUGUCGGGAGAGUGUCUGCUCAGGAAUGAAAGUGAACUUGACAUCGGGGUAUGUAACAUAAUUCACCGUUCAGGAAUUCUAAGAAGUUUAAAGAAAUCUGGUAGAAAGUAUCGUAUAGCCUACUUCCAUCA